UUACAUUACAAUAAAACAUAAUGGCACCUCUAGAAUCUUUAGAUAUUGAAUUAAGCGAGAAACACAUCGAAACAGUCGGCAAAUUCGUAGCGGACAUAAGAAACAAUAAAUUAUCUGGCUCAGAGCAGAUAGCGGAGGCGACGCUAACACUAGUGGAGAAGAUUAUCAGCGAGUCUAAUGCAACAGCACGGGAACUUUGUGGAGUCCUCCGUGCGGCCGCUCGUCGUAUCAGCUCAAGUUUACCACUGGAGCUGGUAGCGAUCAACAUGAUUAGGAGAGUUUUAAGAGCCAUCAGGGAUGAAAACAGAGCUUCCGUAGACCAGUUCCAGAGUGGUGAGGGUGUAGGAGAGAGUCUCCAAGGUCUGGUUCUGGCGACUCCGGCCCGGCACAGCAUCGUGCCUUCAACGGAUCAGGACUUGAGGGAACCUAUAAGAGAUCACAUCGCAGAGCUCCGAACCGAGCUGGAGACAAUGAGGUCGUCCAUAACGAGUCAGGCCCGCGAGCACGUGCGGGCGGACGAGGUGCUACUCACGUUCGGGGCCAGCGCUCUGGUCGAGCGGUUCCUGAGGCCGACCCAGAAUAGGAACUGCAAGGUCGUCGUCGCGGAAGGGACUGACGUCGGCGAGAGUCACGCCAUGGCGCGGAGGCUGAGUAAUUCUGGUGUUUCGGUCACGGUCAUCAAUAGUUCGUGUGUGUUCGCGGUGAUGUCCAGGGUCAACAAGGUGGUGGUCGAGGUGCAGGCUGCGAUGGGGGGCGGCGCGGUCCUUGGGGACGCGGGCCUCCAUUCCGUCACCCUCGCCGCUAAAUACUACAAAAUACCGGUAGUGGCAUUGGCGCCUCUGUACCGGAUGCUGCCCCAUCAUCUCUACGACCCCCAGAGCUUCGGUUCCCUGUCGUCGCCGCUACAGACCAUGGAGUACGCCGAUUGCGGCUCAGACUCCCUGCAGGUCCUCGCUCCGAAGUUCGACUUCGUUCCGCCAGACCACAUCACGCUAUUCAUAACUAAUCAGGGAGGAAGCUGCCCGUCCUACAUCUACAGAUUACUGUCAGAGAUAUACGAUCCUAAAGAUUAUCAAAUUUGAUUGUAGGGUGUGUAAAUAAAUAAAUUUAUAAUUAUA